UGUUACUGUUGACAAAGCUAGUGGUGACGUCUCAAAACUCCAAUCUUUCUCUUAUGAAAUGACAAUCCAAUUCAACAUGUUUGCUCCUCUCAUGAAAAGCAAGAUAAUAGACAAUAUGUAAUGUUGUUUUGUUGUGAAAUACAAGGUGCAUUUGGGUACUUUCAUCAAAUUUAAGCUCUUCGAGGAGUUGUUUAACCCAUAUGAGCUCACGAGUGACUAAUGUUAUUGCCCUAUAUUAUGCUUUGCACUUGAUCUUACCACAGUACUCUAUUUCUUACUUUUCCAUGAUAUUAAAUUUACUCCAACAAGAACACCAUACCUUGAAGCGGAAUGUCUAUCACUUGGUGACCCUGCCUAGUAUGCAUCAAAAUAUCCAUCAAUUGAGUAUUUCCCUUAUUUCCAUAAAUAAGGCCUUUUUCCAGGAGCCUUCUUAGGAUUUGUAUGGUUGCAUCCUAAUAGUCUUGACAAGUAGAGCUUAAAUAUUGAUUUACUACAACCACUACAAAGGUGAUCUCAAAGCAAGUGAUAGUGAGGUAAUUUAGAUUACUAACUAACCUUCUGUAUUACCAAGGAUCAAAAUAUAGUUGUCCUUGGUUAGGAAUGAGUUUGACACUUGGAUCAUAAGUGUGUCCAUAAGCUUAGUAUUUAUCACCAUGUUUUUCCUAGAAUGUCAAGAGCAUACUUUCUUUGAGAUAUGACCAAACCAUUCUAUGACCAAACCAUUCUAUGACCAAACCAUGAUCUUCUGAUUGAAACUUUUGACCAUGUUAUUGUUUUAGUUGUACAAUACCCUUCUUAUGAAAGGUCAAGCUGAUACAAUAGGUAUUGCAAUCCGAAGAAUUUUACUCGAAGAAAUAGAGGGAACAUGUAUCACACGUGUAAAAUCAGAGAAAAUACCACAUGAAUAUUCUACCAUAAUAGAUAUUGAAGAAUUAGUACAUGAAAUUUUCAUGAAUUUGAAAGAAAUUGUAUAGAAAAGUAAUAUGUAUGGAACACAGGAUGCAUUGAUUUCUUUCAAAGGUCUAUAUAUAACCACUCAAGACAUCAUUUUACCACCCUCGGUGGAAAUCAUUGAAAAUAGACAACAUAUAACCAAUGCAGAACCUGUUAAUUUGUGUAUUGAAUUAAAAAUUGAGAGAAAUCAUGGGUAUUGGAUAAAAACACUAAAAAACUUUCAAGACGAAAGUUAUGAUAUAGAUGCUAGAUUCAUGCCUGUUCAAAAUGUAAAUUAUAGUAUUCAUUCUUAUGUCAAUGGGAAUGAAAAGCAAGAAAUACUUUUCCUCAAGAUAUGGACAAACGGAAGUUUACACUACCUGUUAUAACAAUAUCAACCACAUACACAAUGAGACAAAUACAUGCUUGGGGAAAAUGACAAUAAAACAUACACAAAAACACGUGGAGAGAUAUGAAAGAGGGGAGCUUUGGAAAUAGAAUGGAGUA